CUCGUCUGACCAGUAUCAGCCUGUAUGUGAAGCAGAAGUGAAUUCAUAUCCCACGGUUCUUCCUUCAUAGUCCCCAACAAGUCAGCCAAAACAUUAGAUAGUGCGAUACGGCCUGUUCAACGCAAUCAUGUUUGGUGUACUGUGCUUUGCAGUCAUAUCUGCCCUUGCAAUUCUGGGGCAAGGUGGUGCGGUAAAGUUUUCGACGAGGAUUGUGCCGAAGGCUCACACGGAUCACGACGGCACGCUUUGUCCAUACAAGGCCGAUAUCGUCAUACUGAUGGAUGCUUCUAGCAGUAUUGGACACGAUAACUAUCAGGUAAUGAAGAACUUCCUUAGAGGCGUUGUUCAGCAUUUCGACGUAGGCCAAGACAACGUCCGCGUUGGACUUAUCACGUUCAACUUCGGGGCAUUGGUCGAAUUCAACUUGAACCAGUUCAGUACCAAAGAAGAGGUUCUCCAGGCAUUUGAUCAUGUUCAAGAUAUACACCAAGGUACAGCCACUCACAGGGCCUUGAAAUAUGCGCGUGAGAUCUCCUUCACGGCCGAGAAUGGCGACCGCCCAGAUAUUCCCAACGUCGCCAUUCUGUUGACGGACGGACAAUCAACGCAUCCAGACAAGACAGCGACAGAACAGGCGCUUCUCAAAGCCGCUGGAGUUCGAGUGUUUGCCAUCGGUAUUGGCUGGGUGGACGAAGCAGAGUUACGACUCAUCGCCAGCGAUCCGGUGGACAAAUACUUCCACUACGUUAAGGACUUCAGUGGUCUUGACGAGAUUCUGGCCGAAUUCCAACAAACAUCUUGCGCCGAGAUCACUCGACCUCUACCAACAACUCCAGUUCCCACCACUACGCUAGCACCCACAACAACAACAAAAAAGCCGUGUCCGUAUACCGCUGAUGUUAUGAUUCUGAUGGACGCGUCCAGCAGUAUUGGGCCGGAGAACUUUGAACAGAUGAGACAGUUCCUUCUGGGUGUCAUCGGCCAUUUUGAAAUCGGUGAGGACAGAGUUCGAGUAGGCCUUAUUACCUUUAAUUUCGGCGCAAGACAGGUAUUUUACCUCAACACGUACCACACAAAGGAAGAAGUCAUUCGAGCCUUUGCCCCGCUUCGAGGUACGGAAGUAGGAACCGCUACCCACGCAGCAUUGAGAAUUGCUAGAGAGACCGGCUUCACGUCAGAGCAUGGGGACCGGCCUGGUAUACCCAACAUCGCUAUUCUGAUCACGGAUGGAAGGUCUACUCACCCAGACAGAACUGCAACUGAACAGGCGCUUCUGAAGGCAGCGGGCGUCAGAGUGUUUGCUAUCGGUAUUGGUUGGACAGACGAGAACGAGCUACGCCUGAUUGCUAGCGAUCCGGACGAACAGUAUUUCCACUACGUAAAGAACUUUGAUGGGUUGGAAAAUAUCAUGGGAGAAUUUCAAGACACCUCUUGCAAUGAUAUAACCAGACCCCUUACGUAUGUGGAAACGCCCAAGCCCACUCCUCCUCCUGCUAAGCUGAAACCUGGACGCUCAGAUCUGUGUUUGUCAAAGGGAGAUGUUGUUUUCGUCCUGGACACUUCAUCCAGUGUCGGUCCAGCCGGCCUUCAGCGAGAGAAGGAGUUCAUCAUAGACAUUCUGUACGAGUUCGACAUCGGGCUUGACAGUGUACGAGUUGCCGUCAUCACGUUCGAUCUGUUCUCCAGGAUAGAGUUCAAUCUUGACACGUACACCACAAGAGACGAACUGAUAUCUGCCAUCAUGUCCAUCACGACUAUCCAAGUGGGAACAAAUACCCAUAAGGCUUUGGAUCAGGUCAGAACUGGAGUGCUCGGCACAUCCUCGGACAGGCCGGACGUGAAGGACAUUGUAGUAGUCGUCACUGAUGGUCGAUCUAGACAACCAGACUUAACAAGAGACGCCGCCAUUGCACUGAAAGCCCAAGGACCCACUGUUUUUGCCGUCGGUGUUGGUAACGUUGACACCACAGAGAUAGACACGAUCUCGUCUGAGCCCAACUCCCAGCACUCAUUCUUUGUCGACGACUUCGACGCGCUGUCUGCCAUCAAAGAUUCAGUAGUGGACAAAACCUGUGAUUACUGCCAUGUGGCCGAUAUGAUUAUCAUCAUGGACGCUUCCAGUAGCAUUGGUGAAGAAGAUUACACCACAAUGAAAAACUUUGUCAAAGAUUUUCUCCAGUUUUUCGUCAUCGGUCAGGAAAGAGUUCGUGUCGGACUCUUAACUUACAAUGUCAACCCCCACAUUGAGUUCCAGCUAAACUCCUUUUAUACUCACGCACCCAUGUUUGCUGCCAUAGACAAUCUGAACCCGACAGCCGUGGGAACCUGGACGGAUAAGGCUCUGAAAACGGCCCGCGAGGUGAUGCUGACGGAAGUGAACGGGGCCAGGGUGGGAAGCCCAAAGCUUGUCAUCACCCUCACGGACGGUCAAUCUCGUGAUCCUAACGCCACCAUAGCACAAGCCAACCUCAUGAAGGCAACGGGGGCUCAGAUGUUCUCUAUCGGCAUCGGCAAAUGGAUCAGUCAAGCUGAGCUGAAAGUUCUGGCCAGCAGGGAUGACUAUGUGUUCGAAGUGGCAAAUUUCGACGGUUUGGCCACUAUCGAGGCGCAGCUGCAGAGAAAGACCUGCAAUGCAACAGCAACUCCAUGGCCUGUUGGUUGUAAUGCUGUUGGGGACAUAAUCUUUGUAUUUGACUCUUCCUCGCAUAUGUCCAUCUAUGAUUUCGAGUUGGCCAAAAACUUCUCAGCGGAACUCGUCAAAGAUCUUCGCAUUGCCAACAAUAAGGCCAGAGUAGGAGCUGUCAAAUUCCACGAUGACGCUGUCCUUGAAUUUCCUUUGAAUUUUUCUUAUGAUAAGUCCACAAUCAUUAAGUCCCUUCUCCACAUCCAGAAGUCUGGGUCCGCAUCCAGAGUAGACAAGGCUUUCAACGAACUCCACACCGUGGCUUUCAAGGACUGUUUGGGAGACCGAGACUACGUGCCCAAUGUAGCGGUGUUUCUUACUAACGGGAACUUCCAGAAUCCGAUGAAAGCUGCAGAAUACACCAUCGCAGCUGCUAAUGCUGGUGUUCGAGUUUUCAGCGUAGGUAUUGGGAACAAGGUGAACUCCGUGGGAGUGGACAUGUUGGCUCCGAGGAACACCGGCGCUCAGUCAUUCCUAAUCAACGGCCGGACCGACGUCGGGAGGAUCCGAAGCGAGCUGCUGUCACACAUAUGUCACGACUACAGCCCCUGUCUUUAGAAAAACAAGACACAUACAAGCCAAUGGCCAAGGCAACCGAUGGAUAUCAUGACUUACAGAUGAGUGUGUUAAUAGGCUGUUCAAAUACGUGUACAUCAAAUUGGGAUGGGACAGCCAAUGGUCAAGACAAUCGAUGGACAUCAUGACUUACAGGUCUACCUCCAAUUGUUAGGUUGUCUACUUUUUACAUUUAUGACUAAAUAAAGUCUACAACUUGCUGUACAAGA